AUGGUCUUUUCCAUCGCCGCCGACAUGGCCAGUCAAGUCUCUGCCGCAGCUGCGGCCCAGGGCCAUCACCAACCGCCUACCCUGGCCCAGGAACAAGAACAAUGGUUCAAAACUCUUGACGCGUAUAAGAGGCGCUUCGAGGCCCAGAAAGAGACGCUAAAGAAGUCAAUGCUGCAUGACCAACAGAACCUCUGCCACGAUCUAGACGAUCAAGCCCGUUAUAUCGAGUCACAAAGUCUCAGUCGGCACGCUUACGAAAUUUUCCAGAGGAACCAAACUGAGAUCCGGACCCACCGGCUCACCGAGCGCAAGCAAGCUUAUGACCAGAAGCUACAGGACUUGGAAAAGCAGGAAAAGGACCUGUACUUUCAACACCACUUGAUCUUCCCGGUGCCGGGGGGCUCAUCGUCACGGAAUGCUGCCAACGGACCCUCUGCCACAACGCUUGCGGCGUCAGCAAGCCGAGCUCAAACGCCGUCCACGCAUCCGCAAGCCGCGGUGCCUCAUCCUCAAAGACCGAAUAUCCAGGCCGCCAACAGCGCAAACUCCGCGCCAAUGCCUUCGCAGCAAAACCACUCAUGGCAAGGCUACAAUCAACACCCUCAACAUGCUUCUCCACACAGGCAUGCGAGCAUCAGCAUGUAUCAGCAGGCUAGGCCGAUGGUUCAACCAGUCGAGGCCCCUCCUCGCAUGUUGCCGUCGAACGGACGCGCACCAAUCUUGGGCAACGGGAUACCCGGAGCCUCCCAGGGCUCGACCGCAACGUCGGGCUAUGGCCAACCCGGCGGAAGCCCUCAUUUCGCCAGUGCUGUCGAAGCCGGCCGCGGAACGCGUGUCGCCAUCCCGCCGAUGACCCAGACAAUUCAGACUGCUCGAGACGAUAGAACGCACAUGACUAGGAACGGUGUCAAUAUUCUUUUGGGUCGGCAAGACGACUUGGCGAGACAGCUCCAGCCUGAUCCUCAUCGACAGCUGAAGCGGAAAUCCGAGGAUCUGGGUUCUAAUCCAGACGAUCCUAACUUGAAGCGUGCGAGGACAGGCACUCCCCAGUCUAUUGCACAGUACACCAUUACAUUCAACGAGGUCUACCAGGACGGAAAGGCCGAGUUCAAGCACACUAUUGUCAAGUUUGAGGACAUCUUCUAUAUCCUCAAAUGCGACGAACACGGCGUUCAUUUCAAGCAGAACGCAUUGCCAGCAGCAGCUAAGCACCUGCACGGGGCUUCGCAUAACCACCAGAAGAAGGAACACCGCAUAGCGCUCCGCACUAUCGGGUUCCACGUCGUUGACUGCACUGACGAGUUGAUGAGGCUGAACAACGAUGUCGUUAAGAAGGCUUUCGAAAAUGGGUAUAAGCCCCUCAACCAAUUGCAUGGCCCAAAAUCCGGCGGCAAGCGUUACUCGGCCGGCGAAGCCUCCAAAGAGUCAACAGAAACUCCCUCGACCGCGGGAGCGAAGCUCACACAGAGCCCAGAGCUCGUGAGGCCAGACACGACGCAGUACAUCACGAAUCCCGAACCCGGACAGCUUUAUCAGGCCAGGUGGGCCAACCACAAGAUGUACGUAGUUGCCGCUGUCGGCUGGAAGGAUUUGCAAUGUUGUGGGUGGGGAGAGAAGUUCUGUGACCUCCUGCUGUACAAGGACAAGAACAGACCAGCCUGCUUCGUGUACGACGAAGAAGGCAUUGCCGGCUGGGCUGAAGGGUAUCGCGAUGGCGAACCGGGCGUCUUAAAGAGAGAAGUCCCCGUUCUGUGGUUCGAGCCUAAGGGACCCAACCGUCUUGGGUGGGUGAGCGUCCAACAGCUGAAACCUUUCCUGCUAGACGACCCGACCCGACCGUCCAAUCCCGACGCUUCGCAGAACAAGGCUCGGCAAUUUUAUGCGGAAGUCCGCGGGUACAGCUCGUUUGAGGACUUGUUGAUGGCGGCGGAUCAGGAAGGCCAGGCAUCUAGGGGAGAGAUACCGGCACCUCAACUGCCGUCUUCCGCAUCGGAUUCCGAGUCUUCCGCGCACGACGUCGACAUGUACGAUUUCGGCGACAAUCCACCCAAGCUCGAUGAUUCGGAUGAUGAGGAUUACGUGGAGAACAAGGGACGCGGCAAGGACUCUGAUCACGAGAUGGCCGACGCCAACUCUUCCAAGUCGCCGCAGCCUCUCAGACGGAGCACUCAAGAGGUGCGUCCUUCUUCAAGGCUGAGCGACAGUUCGGCGUUUGGCAGAUCUGCCGCGGGUGCUAGGACGCGGUCGUCUGCGAAGAAGGACGCCCCCGUCAGAGACAUCGAGGACGUGGAGAUGGGCGAUACGCAGCAGACGCCCUCAAAGACGCGUCAUGUCGAAAAUCUGGAAACGACAACACCUGGCAACGGUGCAAUCGAGGUAGCGGUCCCUAAGAUCGCACUUGGUACACCUGUCACUCCAAGACCCGAGAAUGGCGGGACGCAAACAGCCCAGGGCGCCCAGGGAGACUUCAGUUCUACGGCGGCGGAGGGAGGAAACCCAGGCGCUUCUCAGAACGGUGGCCAGAUCACCAUCCCACGGGAGAAGUCACUCUCGGUCGCGGCAACCGGGAAUGGAGAAGGAAGCAGUGCUUCAAAGUCACCUAGUUUGGAAAGAGAAGUGCCCAAGAUCAGCCCCAAGCUGCAAGUGGCCAACCUUCUGAACAGUGCCGGCCCUGAGAAGGAGAAGACCAAGGAGCAGGUGUCAUCUAGCGAGAAAGAAUCCUCGGUUGAUCAACGGCGGCCAUCACCCUCACAAGGGCAUGCUUCCACAGAGCCACCGCCUCUCAGGCACCCUUUACCGGCUAAGCCGCUCGUACAUCCCUUGCCUGCAAAACCGCCCGUCCUGGUCGAACCGAAGCAACAGCAUAACUCUCCAGCAACGACAACAAAUGUGCCCCAGAAGCCCGAAGCAAGCAGGUCGACCGGUACUGUCGACGCCACCGUCAACUCGGAUGCGGCGAAGGAGUUGAGCAUUGAAGUGGCGUCUCGUACGUUGGAAGCUCUCAACGGCCAGAAUGGUGACACGAGCAAGCAACCGUCGCCAUUGGAAACCCCUCGCAGCGGAAGCGUAGAGAGCGCAACUCGUCGAUCUGACCCGCGAAUGAGCAUUAGCAGUGCUCUCGACGAUCAGAAGGCGACGACUGGCAACGGGGUUGCAUCUGGUAGCAACACGCCUAGGAUCCUGAAUCUGGCAAACGACGACCGAUGGCGGGCAGUUAGGAACUCAGAAUCGCCCAUGAUCACACCAGCCACGAUCAGAUCUCCUCUGGACCGUAGCGCGGCGGCAUCUCCGGUGGGCGGAGUCAGCAAGAGCGCGGAAACGUUUUCGAUUGACGUGGCAAGCUUCUCUGAAGGCGAUAAGAAGUGGGACGAGCAGGGCAGCAAGUUUCUUCACUUCUACAUCGAAGACGAUGCCCGGGGAGUUGCGCGUUCUCGAGCGGCAGACGGCGUUGAGGCAAUUCUAGAUGCGCAGCAAGUCAAGGCCGCGCAACAAGAGAAGACGAUGGUCAAGCUGGUACUGAAGACGGGUGGUGAGCAGCUUUUCAAGUUUGCAACCAAUUCGGUGACGGGAAGCAUGCGGGGAGGAUUGCCGCAAGCAUCGAAGUUUUAUCGUUGGGUAACUGGGAAGAACAUGGAGAUUGAGCAUUUAGGGUAA